AUGGAAGAUGAUCUCAGUAGUUCAGGUGGACUGUAUGAGGAUGGACACUGGAUGUGGAAUGACUGUCUCGGGACACUGAUAUUCGUCAGUGAUGCCGCAGAGGAAGAGCCAGUAAGCACAUUUGUGGCCAUAAAGGCUCCGCUGGGGAACAUCGAAUUCAGAGAUAACCUAGAUGUGAUGGAACAGAUGAGAUUCCGUCGUCGGUAUAUGAGGAAAUUGAGAACAGGAGAACCGGAUGUAAUAACACUACAGGACGUGAAAGACAUUGCAUUAUUCACUGCCCCAACGCAUAUAAUGAACCCAUUGCUUAUAAAUAUGCUACACCUUCCAACCACUGAAAGAUUCAUAAGGGCGCUCAUUCUUUGCUGUCAGUACUAUUUACAGAUCGAAGACAAAAUGGCUAUACGUAUGAAAGAGUCGGAGACAAAAGUACGAACGCCAAUGUCCGAAACAAUAGAAAAUCGAUAUCGAGAAGAUUUAGCUGACCUCAGAUUGCUGGCGGCUAAAGAAUACUGCUCUAUGCUACUUGGUGCUGGGGAAUUAAAAAAAUUCCAUCAUAUGGGGAAAGAAAAGAAGAGACGUUCCCUAGCGGACAGAGAUAUGCGCCUAUUCGAGAGUCUGAUACGGACGUCCAUUCAAAUUAUAUGGAUGGCUCUGGGACGAAAAAACUUCAACCGUAUUGAACUGGAAGUUAAUCGCCUGUUCAAGUCGGAGAUCUUCAACUCUGUGGAGCAUUCACUGCAGACGGGCUACGUCGGCAAGAUGAGUGCUGAACAACGCAAUGUGCUCUUGGGCCAAUGCGUGAGGCACGACAAGAAGCUUACGACACGAUCCCCUUUCAUCAAUGAGGUUUUCUGCACACGACCCACAGACUACCGCAUGCUUGGCCUCGGAGUCAUUAAAUACGAUUCGUUAACUCCUCGACUCAGGUACUUAAAGUAUGCUGUGUCUGGUCCAGAGGAUACUUAUAAAAAUGAAAGAAUUGUUGUUGGUAUCUUGGGGUUGCCGCGAGCAGAUUUCGAUACUGUGCUGAACCCGCUACCUAAUGUACCUGACACAUGUAAUAAAUCUACAACUUCUGUUAAUAACGAUGUUCUUCAUAUGUCGUUUCCCGACACAUCGGAGGAUAUAAUCAGCUGCUCCAAUGAACAACGUAAGCGAUGGCUGCAGAGGUACACGCGAAUGAAGAUCAGUCGCAAGAACCUCGUAUGA